CUAAUGGAUGGGAAUCAUGGGAUCCUCUAAGAAGGUGUUUUUUCAAGGCCGUAAAACUGGAAGCUAAAAAUGUAAAAUCUCUCCUCGGACGGUCGAACCCUGCGUUGAGCAUGACAACUCGAGUCUCCAAUUCUCUCAGAAAGCGUUCGACGAGGACGCCGCCGACGGAUAUCCUCUGCUCUAUACUUUUACGGUUGCCGGUAAAAUCUCUCCUCCGUCUCCAAAGCGUUUGUAAAGAGCGGCGUUCGUUAAUUCAAGAUUCGCAUUUCAGGCAUUCUUAUUCUCACAAAGAACGAGUGAUUGUGGUAUCGGGUAGGCAUAAUUAUUCCAACAUAAAUGAACGACGAAUUAGGGUUAGUUCCUUUAGCGACGACUUUUGGCUUGAAAACAUUUACGAUUUCACAAAGCAUUUAUCCUUUCAUAAAGGAACGUCUUUCAAAAAGUGCGUGAACGUGAAUGUUUUGGGUUCUUGCAAUGGACUUGUGCUUCUGUCGUUGGAUUCCCAUAUUUUCCUGUUGAAUCCAUCCACCCGACAUUGUACAAAAGUGCUUGAGCAUAAAUGCUUGACAGAUUCUAUUAGAAGAUUUGAUUCGGGAUUUUGUUAUGACUCUUCGACAGGAGACUACAAGGUCCUCCUAUUAUUUCGCGAUAGUUCGGUUAUUGUUGCCAGCCUUAGACAGAAAGAGUGGAGAGAGGUGUCCCUCCCUCAUUACAUGCUUUCGGUCAGAGCAUCCCUUCACUUUCAUAAUAUAUUUCAUUUGGUAGUAGAUGAUGCACCAUUUCUAAAUACUAAUCUUGACUUUACAGAACACCAGGAGAUGGUAUAUUUUGAUCCGGGUAGCGAAAAGUUUGAACUUUUUCCUACCCCCAAAGUUGAGGAGGGAGCAAUAGACAUAAUGGUUGCUUUGGGAGUUAUAGAGGGUUGUGUUUCUAUUGCUCUACAUGAUAUUUGUUCUAUAAAAGUACUUGCUAUGAAGGAAUAUAGAGUAGCAGAAUCAUGGGUUACUUUGUAUACCAUCUCACAUUAUGACCUCUGUUUUAGGCCCUUUAGCCACUAUAGCAGAAUAACAUUUUAUUCUCUGAAGAAUAAUGUUCUAAUAUUGAAUUUGGGUCACGGGGACAUAUGUGCUGUGGAUAUGAAGACAAAAGAAGCAGAGACUGUAUCAAUUAAGAUAGGAGAUGAAGAGUAUGAAGACAUCAUUGAUACAUGUUUUUACGUUGAAAGUCUUGCUUCACCUCAUGUAUAUGCUUGGAUUGAUGAACAACACAAACAGUUUUCCAAGAAGAUCAAAUGGAUAGGUCCCAAUUUGAGGAAAAGGAUGAAGAAAAGGAGGGAUGACAAUAUGAGGUGAAGCUCAAGUGCUCAAAUACAUCGAGGCAUGUCAUAUGUUACUCCUUUUUUGUUCCCAAGGUGUUUGAUUGUAUUUUCUCCAUUUUGAAUCCUAUAUAUUUAGUCAUAAGUUGAAUUAUUUAAGAAAUACUAAGUAAUCACUACUCCCUCCGUCCCCUUUUAAAUGUCCCAUUUUACCAUAUUGGAAUGUCCCUAUUUAAUUGUCUCAUACCUUAUUUGGUAAAGUUUGUGUGGCUCAAAAUCAUUCUUACUUUAUUCUUACUUUAUCAAUUAAUACCAACCACACAAACCCACUUUUCUAAAAAUUCGUGUCACCCUCUUCCGGGACAUUUAAAAGGGGACGGAGGGAGUAUUUCUUUCCAUGGUGCUGUUAUGGCUAUUUUACACGGAUGGGUAUGUUAGACCUGAGCUGUAUUUGUGCUUAAAAGUGAACGUCAAGUUACUUUUAUAGGGUUAAUUAAAUAUACAAAAGACUAUAUUUAGCUGUGAAAGAAGUUUUUGAUUAAUUCUGCAUAAAGCUUUUCAGUUUAGAGUAGUUCGAAAAGAUGACAUCUUAAGUACUUUUUCUUUAAGUACUUUUUUUCCCAAACAGUUCUGUUUUCUGAAUCCGGAAAACUUUUCAAUUGCUAUAAUGGGAUAUUGGAAUACAAUGGUGCAAGUUAACAUAUAUAGGGGGUGUUUGAAUCUGAUUCUCAAAACUGAUUCUGCUCCUUCAUAAAGCAAAAACAGAAGCUGGAGUGUUUGGGUGAAAUUCCAAAAGCACUUCUGGAGCUCUAAUUUACUCUCAGAAUUAGUUUUUUUAGAAGCUGGGGGUAUCAGCUUCUGAAAACUGAUUCUGAUUCUGCUUAUACUUUUAAAAUAGAAGCAGCAAUUAUAGCCAUAUUCCUUCGUAACAGUAAUGGGUCAGAAAGAGGAAACAUGCCAAUUUGCAUGCAUUUACCACUCUCCUGUAGGAACAAUAAGUCAAUAACCUAUCAAGCAAUAGUUUACACUUUACAUAACAGGCCCUAGGGCCGCACGAAGAGACCAAUAAGGCCCUAUUAAGUGAAUGUAAAUGGUCUUUCUUAGACAUGGAUGUAUAGUGACUAAUCUAAUUUUCCACAUUUCAAAUUUUGGUAUUAUUGAAUUUCCGUGGUUGUAUGCUAUUUAAUUUAUAGAUUUGUGUUUAGAGAUUUCCUUAGCUAACUCUAAUUUUUGUUUGAAUUGCUUAUUUUGAAACUUUACUAUAUUAUGCUGACAUUUUUUUUGCCACCAAUCAAUAACGUUUGUUAUGUAAACCUCUGAAUUAAGGUCAAGGUUUUUUCUCCCCUAAUGUUCCAUCAACAAACCGUCCUCAUUGGCCGUAGAUUUGCUGGUAUACUUAAAAGUUGAAAUUGGAGAUUUCAACUCGUCAGUAAUGAAGAUUUAUCCUUGGACCCAAACAGUUAAUAUAGGAACACAUGUUUAUAGCUGCAGGAAAUUCAGAAGUAUAUGACAUAAAUCUGAACUUUUAUUUUCCUUUUGUAGUGGAGCUUACAUCAUUUUCUUUUGCAGCUUCUUCCUCAUGAAGCUUCUUCUUCCAGUAUUCCAUUGGCUGACCAAAUAUAGCCUUUCCAGACACAACUCCUAUCAUGACUGCGCCAAUUACAAGGGGAAACGACAUAAACCUUCUCCUGCCAAACAUUUCCUUUCCUGAUUUCGUCCAAACUUUUGCGGUUAGGGAUGCCUGCUGGUGUAGGAACGAUAGGGAGCGUUAAAUUUAGGAUGCUCUUUUUUCUCGCGAGGAAGAUGCUUUUUCUCUUUAUUUCCUCUACUAGUGGGGUAUGCACUGUUCUUUGUGACUUUGUGGCAGAAUGAGAUCAUUAUGGUGACAUUGAUAUUUAUUUGAUACGAUAAUGUUGUUACGUAGUAGCUACUUUGCUAGUGAGCGGCAUUUUUUCCAAAUGAAAAGAACUGAAAACCAGAUCCGAAUCGAUCCAUUCAAACGGGAUGGGGGUACAAGGUUCAAUUCCUAUUUUGAGAAUUGGUAUAUUCGGAUUGAAUGUAUCCAUUUUAAUGGAACCGACAAUUCUUGAAGAUUUAACUAUUAUCCGAACUUACCAGAACUUUGUCUACUCCUAAUUGAAACCAUACUCAUUUAUGUUUCCUAUAUCAGGUAAGAAGUUUAAUUAAAUUGAAUCAUCUUUUUAAUUUGACUUUGUUGUAUCCAUUAUGAGUUUGAGCAUUCUAAUAUAA